UCGAAAGAGAGACUGUGAAGAGAAGAAACCCUAACUUAUCGAAACAUUUCAUUUCUGUUUUCAUCCAUUAAAACGAUUUUAAAAACCUAAUUUUUCUGCGACAACAAAAGAUCCGAUUCUGAAUUCUGUUGAGAUUUGUCCACUGGAAGGACUUCGAAGAACUUUUUCGUCUGUUGUUGUUUCUGAUGAUCGUGGAUUAAAAAUGGUAGCAGGAGCAGAGGUUGUUUGUCACCAAAGCAUUUCUGUUUUGGAUGUUCAGUACCGAAUCGCGAAGGGAAGCAAUAUUCAGAAGAUUGAUGAUAUCGUCGUCGUCUCUCCACCUUCGCCUCCUUUAAUUGACCAAAUUCGUACCCUGGAUUCGGUUUCCACCGACAUUUCGCGCUCCGAAGGGGAUGCGACGACAUUGGGCACCAUUUCAGAUAAUGCUGUUGAAUCUGCCAUUCUUCAGUUUGUCCCAACCAUCCGUUCAGGUAGCUUUGCUGACGUUGGGCCUAGGAGAUUCAUGGAAGAUGAACAUAUAAGGAUUGAUGAUCUUUCUACACAAUUGGGGUCACUCAUCAGAUGUCCUAACCCAAGUGCCUUUUAUGGGGUGUUUGAUGGUCAUGGAGGCCCUGAUGCAGCGGCAUAUGUGAGGAGGAAUGCAAUGAGGUUCUUCUUUGAAGAAGCAGAUUUCCCAGAGUUAUCAGAGGAUGCUAAUGAUAUUUUCUUAGAAGAAGUUGAAAAUUCCUUCCGCAAGGCAUUCCUUCUAGCUGACCUUGCGUUGGCAGAUGACUGCACUGUUAGCAGUUCAUCUGGCACAACAGCACUCACUGCCCUUGUCCUUGGAAGGCUUUUGCUAGUAGCUAAUGCUGGGGAUUGCAGGGCAGUCCUUUGCCGGAAAGGAGAAGCAAUUGAUAUGUCUCAAGACCACAAGCCCAUCUAUCCAUCAGAACUUAAGCGUGUGAAGGAGCUGGGUGGGUUUGUUGAUGAUGGGUAUCUCAAUGGUGUCCUAUCUGUCUCCCGGGCGUUGGGAGAUUGGGAUAUGAAGUUACCACGGGGUUCUUCCUCACCUCUCAUUGGGGAGCCGGAGUUCAGGCAGGUGGUCCUUACAGAAGAUGACGAGUUCCUCAUAAUUGGGUGUGAUGGCAUCUGGGAUGUCAUGUCAAGUCAACAUGCUGUCAGCGUUGUGCGCCGUGGACUUCGCCGACAUGAUGACCCAGAGAAGUCUGCGAGAGACCUGGUCAUGGAAGCUCUCCGUCUCAACACCUUUGACAACCUUACUGUGAUUGUUGUUUGCUUUUCCUCGCCUGACCAUCAAAGGGAACCAUCUCCACCAAGACAAAGGAGAUUGAAGUGCUGCAGCCUCUCUGCGGAGGCUCUAUGUAGCCUGAGGAACUUGCUGGAUGGCAGCUGAUACUGUUGAGUGUAAAUGUGACUUAUCUUCAUUAAAACCAUCACAGCGAGGAGAGGGUUUAUUUCUGUUUUGAGGCUGUUUCAGAUAGGAAAAAGCAGCCAGCAGUUUUGUAGGAGCGGGUUAGGGGUGGUCAGGUUAUGGGCUGUGUUUUAUUAUAACUUGUGUUGUUGCGUACGAUUGUUGUAAAUAUUUAUUUAGAAGGUGGAUUGGGAAAGAGUAUCGCCAUUGUUUGUAGUUCUCUAAACUAUUCUAUUUUCACGUUUGUUGGGUAAAUUGAGGUGGGCGUGAUGUAUUGGAUGGAGUCCAACCCUUCCGCCUGUUUGUGCUUUGUUCAGCUUCUUCAUGUAUAUGUAUAUAGUUCAUUUUUCAGCUGCCAUU